UAUAUUCACUGCCAGGUUGAGCACUGGAGUAUUAAAACAUUCCUAACCAAAGCAGCAUCUUCAUGCACAGCAAGUGAAUUUCCACUAAGAUCUCUGGAGACCCUAAAGAAGCACUUAUCAGGGAGUUUGAGCACUUUAAACAGGUGUUUGUGUGGCCACAGCGCCCAGAAGAGGACAAAAACAAACCAUGUCCAAUGGGAAAGAUGCAGCUCUUUCAGAAAAACAGAUGCCUCUACAGGCCUGUCUUGAAGAAUGCAUGGAGGCCUUGGAUCUGUUCCUCAACAACCACUUUAAUGAGAGUUUGGAAAAACUACGACCACGGUCUAAGGAGAGCAUGUAUCAUGCUCUGAUCUAUGCCACAGUAUUAGAGAUGCAAGCCAUGAUGACCUUCCAACACGAUGACAUAGUGCAUGCUGGGAACACGAUGAAGCGUGCUCAGGAGGUGUGCCAGAGAUUCCGUAAGAAGUCUGGUGGUCUCGGGAGCCGAGGAGCAAACGAUGAUCUCUCAGAAGAGCAGCUUCAUGCUGAAGUGUGUUACGCUGAGUGUUUGCUACACAGAGCUGCUCUUACGUUUUUACAGGAUGAGAACAUGGUGAGUUUUAUCAAAGGGGGAAUCAAAGUUCGAAACAGUUACCUUAUUUACAAGGAGCUGCACAACUUCAUCCAAUCAGAUACCUCUUUCAAAGGACCAAACCACAGGCAUCUAGAGGGGGGAGUCUCUUUUGGAAUUGGGGCUUUUAACUUGACUCUUUCACUGUUUCCUGCCCGGAUACUCAAGUUGCUGGAGUUUGCUGGCUUUUCUGGGGAAAAGGAAUUUGGCAUCUCUCAGCUGUACACAGGUGCCAUCUCUCACACCUUGCGCUCAAUGCUUUGUGCUCUGCUCCUGCUCUGCUUCUACACGUUCCUCUCAUUUAUAUUGGGUACAGGAGAGGGGGAGGUAGAAGAGGCAGAGAAGCUUCUGAAGCCAUUUCGACUGCGAUACCCACGUGGAGCAAUUUUCCUCUUCUUUGCUGGUCGAGCAGAAGAGAUCAAGGGCAACAUUGAUGAGGCAGUGGGACUGUUUGAGGAAAGCUGUAAGGCGCAACAGGCAUGGAAACAAUUCCACCACAUGUGCUACUGGGAGCUGAUGUGGUGUUUUACCUAUAAGAGGCACUGGAAGAUGGCGUACUUCUACGCAGACCUACUCAGUAAGGAGAGCCGCUGGUCAAAGGCCAUGUACGUGUAUAUGAAGGCUGCUUAUCUCAGCAUGCUUCCAGAGACAGAAGCUCGGCCGUUUGGGGAUAAUGAGGUGGAUCUCUUUAGACAGGUUCCGACAUACAAACAGAAGAUAGCAGGAAAAUCUCUGCCCACAGAGAAGUAUGCCAUCCGUAAAGCUCGACGUUACAAAGCCAGUAAUCCAAUCAAACUUCCUGUUCCUGUGCUUGAGAUGAUGUACAUGUGGAACGGGUUCUCCAUGAUCAGCAAACAGCCAGAGCUCACAGACGGGAUAAUGGAGACACUGUUAGAGGUAGAGCGCACCCUACAGGCUGCUCCAGAGAAUGAGUACACUGUUGAUGACACAUGUGUAAUCCAGCUUCUGAAAGGGCUGUGUCUGAAGAACCAGGGCCAGAUGCAGGCCGCAGAGGACUGUUUCAACCAGGUUUACACCAGUGAAAAGAAGCUGAAGUUUGAUCAUUACCUGGUUCCUAACGCUCUGUUGGAGUUGAGUCUUCUGUAUAUAGACACGGGGAGGAAAGAGCAAGCAAUCAAACUACUCAAGAAAGCAAAGAAUAACUACAAAGAGUACUCUAUGGAGUCUCGUACGCAGUUCAGGGUCCAUGCGGCCCUGACCAAACUUAAAGCUGACACAAAUGACCAGGAUGAAAUAACACUGUGAGGAACGAAAGAAUGAUCCUCAGAGGACCGGAGCCUGGAAUCACGUGGUCACUUUAUUGGAAGAAGGAAAGACUAGAGAUUAACCGUGUCCUCCCUGUAUUCGUCUCGUGGUUCUGCCCGUUUCACACUUCCAUUAGAGGGUUUGGGCAAUAUUAUAGAGGGGUACAUUGUACAUUCUCCCCUCAGAAGGCUUAUGUGCUGAAUUGUUGUUCAUUUUAGUGAGAUAGCAGAUAGUUAGGGAGAAAACAUUUUUCAGAUGUAAGCCCGGUUUUAAGCUCUUGUUUGUUCAAAUGUAAUAAAAUGUACAUUUUUAGAAGUAUUACAAAUCAUAUUGAUGUUUUCUGCUUUUUGUCAAGUCUGAGUCCUGUACAGGUUUAAUAAGGGGAAAAGUAAAGGACUGGAAAACUGACCAUGUUUACAAAAAUGUAGACAAAGCAUUUUUACACACUUUAAGUUCUAAAUAUGAUUAAAACAAGUUGAUAAUUGCUGUAUGGAAUUAUACAAAUACAAUCAUAUUUUAAAGCAAUAAUAAACUAUGAAUAAUAAAUCAUGACCUUACAAUCAACAUGCAUCAUGAAUAUCCAACAUGUCAAAGCGUGUGCCAAUGUUAGAUAUUAAGUGUGCAUUUUAUUUGAAAUGCAUUUAAUUAGGUAUAUUUUAUUUGAGAGUUGCUAGUGAUUUAUCCAAAUGAUGAUCUAAAAGUUCUUCAUUUUAAUUUAAUUAAAUUAUUAGUUAUUUAGUCAUCACAACAACAGGAUACAGCAAGAAUGACAGAUAACUACAACAUAUAACAAACAUCUGCUCCAUGCAUUUCUACAGUAUAACAGUGACCUCUAGAGGUCAAAUUAAAACAAUCACGUGGGAUUUGCUGUAUCUACAUCUUUCAUCAUUGACAAUAUUCAUCCAUCUUUUACUUGCACUCCAAAGCAUAUUUUUUUUUUUCCAAUCAUAUUUUUGUUAUUAUAAAGAAACAUUUGACUAUAUAUAAACAUGUUGCAUCAUAAUACACUGUGUCUUGAAAAAUAAACCUGAUUCCUCAUUAAAUCUCAUCUGGUGACGUGU